AUGUAUGCCUCAAAUGAAGAUGAAGAUUGGGUUUAUUUGCAUGAAACACCAUCAAUAAAUCUAGUUCUUCGACAAACUGUAAAUUUCAGUGAUAACGAAUAUUCUAAUUCAUCAUUAUUAUCAAGUUCCAGCACCAGCAGCUGUUCAUCAAAAUUAGAUCGAAGUGUUUCAUUAUCUUCUAUUUCUUCAACGGAACUUGAACAUGCAAAAAAUGACGAUAUAAUAAUAAAUAAUAGUAUGUUUCACUCAUCUAUAAAUAACUAUCAUCAUCCAAAACAAGAAAUUCAUUUAUUAGAAGCAACAAAUGAUGAAGAUAUAUUAUUAUAUUAUGAUCAUAAUAAUACACCAACUACAAAUAUUAAUAACCAUUUAUUAUCAACCAGAGAAGAAAAUGAAAUUUUACCAUCUGAAGUAAUUAUUUCGAAUGAUAAUGAGAAUUCAACUAUUGAAAUAAAUACUAAUACACCUGAAGUAAUGAAUGAGAAUGAUAUACUCAAUACUGGAUUUGAAUUAAAUCAAACAAUAUCAUUAACAAAUAGUAAUGAAUCACUUUCAUUACCAAAUAAUCUUCGUUCUCGUAUUGAUUUAAAUGUUCAACAAACAGAUAAGUCUAAAACAAUACAAUCAAGUUCAAUUUUACAAGAGCUUAAGCCACAAAAAUACUUUGAACAGUAUAAAAAUAAAAAUAAUAUAUCGAUUUCUUGUAUAUACAUAAUUGUAUUCUUGGCUUUCUCAUUUAUUCUUGGACAUAUUGUUACACGAUGGGACCAAUCAAUGAUAACUAAAGUUGCGGAAGAACUUAUUAAAACAAAUCAACGUUUAUAUCAUAUAAAAGAUAUCCCUAUGGGAAAUAAUAUUGAAGAAAAAUUCACAAAACAGUUAGAAGAAAAACUUCAAAAUAUGAUCCAUCAACAAUCAGUAUGGCAUGAUCAUGAAAAAAAUACUUUUAGUUUACAAAUAUAUGAACUUCAAGAAAUAUUAAAAAUGACACGACAAAAUUUAACAAAUACAAUUUAUCAAUUAACUCAAGAGAAUGAACGAUUACAAGGAAAAAUCAAAUCAUUAGAACAUCGUUUACAAGUAACUGAAGAACAGUAUUCCCAAAAAACAAAAAUAUGUAUAGAAGGUGUUAAUUGUACAGAAUCAACAUUCAACGAAUUAGCUGCUACUAUAUUCAAGCAAACAGUUUCAAUUACUACUGAUAUUUCAGUUAAUUUAUCAGAUCUUUUCAAAUAUUUAAGUGGAUCAGUUAGUAAUAUUGUUGAUCAUCGUCAUAAAUAUAUUGAAAAAAGUAAACGACAAUUAACUAAUUUUAUUCGUUCAUCAACUGUUAAAAAAUUUCAAACAUCAUUACGUCGUAGUAUUGCAAAUCUUUCUUCAUCAUUUCGUAAAACUAAAGUAAAUUAUGUUACAUGGCUUAAAUCACGUAUACAACGUCGAGAACAAAAUCGAAUAGAAAAUAAUAAAAAAGAAAAACAACAACGACAAAUACAUAUAAAAUAUCCAUGGCGUUGGACAUUUCAACAAGGUUUUAAUCGAGAGCGUGUACGCCAUCAAACAUCAAAUAAAGAAAAAACUUGUUAUUCGAAAUUUAAUUUUCCAAUGAAUAAAAUAUAUUCAAUAAAAAAUUGGAUGAUUAAAUUACUUCGACCAUAA